AUGGACCAACAUAAUUCUAAUUCUAAUUGGUCAUCAUCAUCGUCACUUGACUUUCCUGAUAAAGAACUCACACUGGCUUCCAGUAGUCCGAAGAAGCCUGCGGGCCGAAAGAAGUUUAAGGAGACGAGGCAUCCUGUUUAUCGCGGAGUUCGUUUGAGAGAAUCCGGAAAAUGGGUGUGCGAAGUGAGGGAGCCGAACAAAAAAACAAGAAUCUGGUUAGGCACUUUCGCAACAGCCGAACAGGCAGCUCGAGCUCAUGACGUUGCUGCUUUAGCACUCAGAGGACGUUCUGCUUGCUUGAAUUUUGCUGACUCGUCGUGGCGUUUGCCAAUUCCAGCUUCGAGUGAUCCGAAAGAUAUUCAGAAGGCCGCGGCCGAAGCAGCAAAGGCGUUUGAGCCAAUGGAGACGAAAGCAAAUGAGUCCGAACAUGAAAAUAACUCCGGCGCAUCGGAAAAUGUGGUUUAUAUGGAUGAAGAGGCGGUUUUUGGAAUGCCGGGAUUGUUAACAGAUAUGGCGGAAGCAAUGCUAUUGUCUCCGCCGCCGUGCCUACCCGGUAUCGGGGAGGAGGUAGAAACGUACGAAGCGGAUGUGUCAUUAUGGAGUUUUUCCGUAUGAUUGGUAUUUAUAAAAGAGGUCUUAUGGAUGAGAAAAAGGAAAGGUUAAGAAAGAAGUUGGGCGUAGCGUACUCAAAUGUUUUUGAAUAGUAUGGCAAACCAAGCAAUUAUUCCAAUUGUGUGGCUCCUACCUUAUUCUGAAUGGGUGGUGUCAAUUCUUGCAAACUUCACUUUAAAGCCAAGCCCUUAUAUUUUGGACUAUCUAAGCUGAGCUUAACUCCAAAAGAAAAUGAUGCGACGUUUUUCGUGGAAAAGAUAUUUAUAAUUUUUGAGAUAUUUUCGUGGAAAGAUAAUAAUUUUAGUGAUGUGGCAUCCCACUUGGACACUUGACUGGACGUGUCAUAUUUAAGACACACCACAUGUUGUAUGAGUACCACGUUGCACCAUCAAAACCACCAAAAUCACCAUCACACUUUAUUUUUCUUCGUACUCACCCUCACAUCAUCCAAACGAUCAAAUUACU